ACCAUUGACUUCGCAAGUCGAUUAAUGAGAAUUCCAAGGCCAUUUUCAUUGUCAUACCAAGAAUACAAGUCCCAUCUUCUUUCCCUGCCUAUAAUCCUUCACCAAAAAUUUCUUUCUUUCUCCAAGAAAACACAUUCAAGAAAUGGAUAGAGAACAAGAAGAGAUGCAGUUUCUUGGGCUCUUUGAUAUAUUUAAAGAAUCCUACAAGAUCGUCUUUACUUGGCGAAAGAUCUUCAGCCAGAUAACUCUGGCUUUGAUACUUCCUUUGUCAUUCAUCUUCCUAGCUCAUAUCCAAAUAUCCGAUCUUAUCUCCGCCGACAUCAACCGGGACGAGGACCAGUUGGAUCAGACGCAAGCUGGUUCUGCAAGAAACAAGAAAUUAAACGAUCUUAUAUUUUCUGAAUUGACUUAUCUUAUGCUGUUCAAAUUCGCAUAUUUCACUUUCUUUCUUAUUUUCUCUCUAUUGUCAACUGCAGCAGUUGUUUAUACCAUUGCUUGCAUUUACACUGCCAGAGACGUAAGUUUCAAGAAAGUCAUGAGCGUUGUGCCCAAGGUUUGGAAGAGACUUAUGGUCACAUUCUUGUGCAUUUUUGGCGCUAUUUUUGCUUACAACAUUGUUGCUGGUUUUCUCUUCAUUACAUGGUUUAUUUUGUUAUCGGACACUAGUGUUGGGGUUGUGUCUUUUCUUGCUUUCUUGGUGCUAUACUUUGUGGGUGUUGUUUACUUGGGCAUAAUUUGGCAAUUGGCUAGUGUUGUCUCUGUGCUAGAAGAGGCAUGUGGAGUUAAGGCCAUGAUCAAGAGCAGACAAUUGAUCAGAGGGAAGAUUUGGAUAGCAGCAAUCAUAAAUUUUACGCUGAAUUUGUCUCUUUUUAUAAUACAGGCAGUGUUUGAGAGGUUGGUUGUUCAUGGACGAUCAUUAAACAUGGUGAACAGAGUAUCAUAUGGAAUCAUUUGUUUCUUGUUGCUAUUCAAGUUGUUUCUCUUUGGACUUGUCAUUCAUACAGUGAUUUACUUUGUCUGUAAAUCAUAUCACCAUGAAAACAUCGACAAAUCUGCUCUUUCGGAUCAUCUGGAAGUUUAUCUGGGUGAAUAUGUUCCUUUGAAGUCUAAGGAUGUUCAGCUGGAGCAAUUUGAAGUUUGAGUACUUUUCUCUCCAUGUGUCAGAGACAUAUAUAUGGCCAUAGCAACAACAAUAAUUGCUGUAAUAGUUAGAUUGAUGGAUUGUAAUCUUUACAGAUCAAUCAUGUUAUUAUGUAUAUCUGGUUUUUUAGAAGUUAUAAUUCAAUCCCACGUUUCGUUUCA